GGCUCCCGCUGCGAGGCCUCCGACCUCCGGGAGCGCCUGCGGGCCAGCGAGGAGGGCCUGGCGCAGGCGCGGCGCCAGGUGGACGAACUCACGGCCCGAUCGCGCGUCGUCUCCGAGGAGCGGACGCACCUGGAGCGCUCGCUGGAGGCCUCCCGCGAGCGAGAGCUGGCGGACCUGCGGCAGGAACACGCGCGGACCACCGCCGAGGCACAACGCGCCGCGUCCGAGGAGCGCGCGAAGCUGGAGGCCGGCCUCACGCGCUCCCUGAGCGAGGCCCUCGAGCGCGCCACGCAGGCGGAGAGCGCCAACCAGGAGCUGCGGCAGCAGCGGCAGGCGCUGACCGCCGCCGAGCAGGGGUGCCGGGAGAAGCUGCAGGCGGCCGAGCAGCAGCUCCGCGACGCCAGGAGGGAAGCGCAGAGCGCUCGGGAGCAGCAGCAGCAGCUGGAGCUCGCCAAGUUCCAGCACGAGCGGGAGCUGGGGGAGGCGAGGAUCCAGCUGUCGGGCGCCAAGGACCAGCUGGCCGCCAAGGAGCAGCUGCUGGCGAACCAGGCCGCCCAGAUAGAGCAGGCGAGCUCCCAGCGUCGAGGCCUCGAGGACAUGCUCACGACCAGCAAGCAGCAGAUCCAGGGCCUGGAGGAGAAGUUCGCGAUCUCCGCCCAGGAGAUCGACAAGGGCAAUCAGAUCAUCCAGAGCCUGCACUCCACCUCGAAGCAGGCCAGGGCCAAGCUGAAGAUCAAGGCCUCCGAGUUCGCGCACAAGGAGAAGGCCGUGAUGGAGCUGCAGCGGGCCGAGGAGCUGAGCAGGAUCGCUGUCGAGGAGAAGGAGCACGAGCUGGCGCGCUCCAGGGAGCGCGAGGAACAGAUGAAGGCCGUCGCGGCCCUGCCACUCUGCGAGCCUCGGGGGGGGCCCCGCUCAAGCUUCGAGCAGAAGUCCCCCGCCGCCACCCCCCCCGCUGCGCUACCGC